AUGCCUCAUCUUUGGAAGAGUCAAGUUCCUGCUCAUCCGCUACUUACCGCAAAAAGACGAAUAGCUAAUAAUUUCCGAAUUCCAAAUCUAAAUCUGCAGAACAACAAAAAAGUUGCUACAGUACCUGCCACAUCAUGCCCUAAUGUUCCCAGUGAGGAUCCAGAUGUCGUAAUUGUAGUACAGCAUCAGGAAUUCAAAGCCCACAAGGCAGUGUUGGCUUGCUAUUCUCCGUACUUCACCGACGUUCUAUUGAAGCCAGGGUAUAAUGAUAUCCAUCACCUGGAAUUGCCUAGUGUUACGCCAAAAGCAUUUGAGAUUUUAUUGGAGUAUAUGUAUACUGGAGAAUUGAAAGUGACGUGUCAAGAUCUCAGUGAAGUAUAUAGAGCUGCAAGGAAAUUAGGAAUCAAAGGAGCACGCAAGCGAUGCACUGAACUUCUGCAUGUAACAUCGGAACACUUCCAGAACAUGGUGUAUCUCUACGUCACCGCUCGUAAAUUGGGUCUCUUGGAUGCAAGUGUACGCGCCUUCAAGUUGAUGAUCUUGCAUUUUGAGAGACUUGUCAUGACAAAGGAAUUUUUGGAUCUGGAAGCGAAUCAAGUCAUCGAACUAUUCUCUUCCGAUGAAAUCGGAGCUAGGAGCGAAGUCAUGGUCUUCCUUGCCGCUCUGAAGUGGCUCAAUCAUCGAUAUCUCGAGAGAGAGCAGUACAUUAUCUCCAUCUUUAAGCUCAUUCGUUUCCCUCUAAUGAAUAUGGAAGAGAUAUUGGCUUGUUACUAUCCUCCGGUGCUGCCUGGUAUUAUGAGAAUACCUGAGAUCAGAGUGGCGCUACUCAAUGCCACAUGCUACAUUGCUGCGAAAACCUGUGGCCAAGAAAAGCUUUUCUCUGAGUACGGGGUAACUCCAAGGAAGUUUCUUUUCGGUGGAGAGCCUAUGGUGUUGUGGGAUGUUUCUGUCUUCGAUCCAGAGGAAUUCCGUGUUGCUAAAACUCAACAGGCCGCGACAAAGAUCCAAGCAGCUUUCCGAGGUUAUAUUACAAGAAAGCGUAUAAUGGAAGAGAGAUGUAUUGCUCAUUGCGCCGCAACCAUCAUUCAAGCUGCGUACAGAGGAUACUAUGUGAGGAAAGGGCUGAAGAUACGACAGCGUAUUUUGGAGAAAGGUGAAGAAGGGAGCAAAACUUCUAUUAUCCAAACAGGCAGUAUAAAUGCAUUAAAACCAACAAUUUCCACCCGAUCGAUUAAAGCCCUCUGGAGUUACGAGAAAGCAAGCAGCCGAUCCGAAGUCAUCUAUCUUCUGGGGGCAUUCAACUCAGCCAAAUUAGAGAAAGGUCAAAACAGAAUUUUCAUUUUUGACGUAAAAGAUAAGGAAUGGCACGCUCUUUCUCAGUGCCCACAACCCAUGCAUGAUGUAAAAAUGGCUUCAAUAAAGGAAUUCUUAUACUUUAUAGGUGGUUAUAAUCCUUUGGACAGAUUAGUAACCGGAAAAAUGCUGCCCCUCAAAGAAUGUUAUAAAUACCAAUUAGAGACCGAACAGUGGACAGCACUGCAACCCAUGAAUCAUGCUCGGUGUCUGCACAGCGUCGUUACUUUCGGCAGUGGCCUUCUAGCUAUUGGAGGAAAAGAUGAAAACAGUAGAGUUCUGACUUCGAUUGAAAGAUAUGAUCCUCGAAUUGACGCAUGGGUGGAAUUUCAGCCUUCUCUUCCAGAAUCUCGAAUGGCAAUGGGUGUCGCCUCUUUCGGAACUAUGUUAUGGAUAGCUGGCGGUUUAGUCUCUAUUGGAGAUGAUAUCUUGCUGUCUAACACCGUAUGGUGCUUCGAUAGAAAAAUAUCCAAAUGGACUCGAUUAACAGACUUGCCUCUGGCAUUGGCAUUUCCCAAGCUUUUCGUAGACAGAGGCAAGUUGAUAUGUUUGGGCGGCGCAGUGAGAUCAUCAACCCCAAACAAUGGAAAUCUAGAGAGUAUUCAGGACAUGUAUCGAUUAGAACAUGGUCAGUGGAUUAGAGGAAAUCCCUUGCCAGAAAAAUGUCACAAUCUUGUAGCCACAAUUGUGGCUCAAAAUAUUUACGUGUUUGGAGGAUUCAAUACUCACACGAUGUCUCAAAUUAGACAUCCUUUUUCCUACGAUGCCAAAGAAAACAAAUGGAAUAUUCUACAAAAUUUACCAGAAGAGGCAUCUGGUUUCAUUGUUGCCGCUACCAGAGAUCAACACUAAA